AUGGCUGAAUCUGUAACUCCAAGUAAUCCAUUGGCCAAUUCUAUUUCUUUAAAUGGAGAAGAAAUUAAUCAGUCAGUACCAACAAUACCAACAACAGACACUGGCAUUGUACCAACACACACAACAACUAUUACAAAUCAACCAGUCACGGAUGAAAAUGGUACAAAAGCUAUUUGCAAGUAUUGCAAAUCAAUGUUUUCUUAUGCUGGAAAAGGAGCUAGUACUUCACAUUUAUGGAGGCAUUCUAGUAGUUGUUUACAAAGGAGAUUGCAUGUUGCUGCACAAAAGAAGCAACCAUUGAUUCCAUUUCAACCUUCCAAUUCAAGUGUUAAUCCCUUUGUGACACCAGGUGCAAGAUAUUCUCAAGAGAAGAUGAGACAAAUAAUUGCUACAGCAAUUAUGGUUCAUGAGCAUCCUUUCAGCAUUGUUGAGGAUGAAGUUUGGAUGUGGGGCUUCCAAUAUGCCAAUUCUGAAUUUCAUAAAAUUUCUCGUAAAACUGCUCGAAGUGAUUGCUUGGCAAUAUAUGAGGCUGAAAAGAAACAAUUGAAGGCUUUGUUACAAAGUGUUAGGAAGAUAAGUUUGACAACUGACAUGUGGAUAUCAAGCCAUCAAAUUGUUGAAUAUAUGGUUAUCACAGGUCACUUUAUUGAUGCAGGAUGGAAUCUUCAAAAAAGGGUUUUGAGUUUUGUUCAGGUACCUGCUCCUAGACGUGGCAUUGAUGUUGCGGAUGCUAUUUUCAAGUGUUUAAAGAGUUGGGGAAUUGAAAAUAAAGUCUUCUCAGUAUCUGUUGACAAUGCUUCCUAUAAUGAUUCAUGUCUAAGGGCUCUUAAGGAUACUAUUUCAGAUAACAACUCAUUACCUGUUGGUGGUAGUUUGUUUCAUGUUAGGUGUUGUGCACACAUUCUGAAUUUGUUGGUACAAGAUGGGCUAGGUAAAAUUAAGGGUAUUAUUCAUAAAGUUCGUGAGAGUGUCAAGUAUGUCAAUUUUAAUGAUUCAAGAUUUAAAACAUUUGUUGAGAUUGCUGAAAACAAGCGUUUGAAGGAGAAAAAACUCAUCAUUGAUUGUCCCACAAGAUGGAAUUCUACUUACAACAUGUUAUCUGUGGUUUUGAAGUUUAAAUCUGUGUUUCCUGUGUAUAAGAAAAGAGAACCUCACUACAAUUACGAAUCAUCAUCAGAGGAUUGGAGAAAAGUUGAGAAGAUUUGCAAACUUUUAAAAGUUUUUAAUCUUGCUACUCAUGUCAUUUCUGGUAGUGAGUAUCCUACUGCAAACUUGUACCUUCUUGAAGUUUGGAGAGUGAAACAAGUAAUUGAUGAUGCUAUGGAAGAUAGAGAUUCCUUCAUGAGAGAAAUGACAACCUCAAUGAAAGAAAAGUUUGACAAAUAUUGGGGAGAAUGCAAUAUGGUAAUGUCUCUUGCUUGUGUUUUGGAUCCUAGGUGCAAAUUACAUGUUAUUAAAUUCUGUUUUCCUUUAAUUUACAAACCUGAGCAUGUGGCUGCUGAAAAUAUUGAAAAAGUGAAGAAUACAUUGCAAGAAAUGUACGAUGAAUAUGCUGAAAAAUAUCACGGUGAGACAAUAAUAAGUGGAGUUAACACUAAUAGUCUAGUUGCUUCUUCUAAUGUGGUUAGUUCUGAAAUUAGUGGAAUUGAUGAAAUGUUGAAUAUGGUUCGAAAAAAAGAAGCCAUUCAUCCAACAAAAUCAGAAUUAGAAGUUUAUCUUGACGAGAGUGCUUACAUUCCUGAAGGCAAUUCUAAGUCUUUUAGUGCUUUGGAGUGGUGGAAAAACAAUAGCUUGAAAUUCAAGGUUUUAUCUAAAAUGGCAGCAGACAUAUUAGCAAUUCCUGUCUCAACGGUGGCUUUAGAGUCUUCAUUUAGUGCUGGAGGAAGAGUUAUUGAUGAAUAUCGUUCUCGACUAAAUCAAGAGUCCAUUGAAGCUCUCAUUUGUGGAGGAGAUUGGCUUCGGAACAAGUAUGGUUUGAAGAAAAAACCAAAGGCUUCAGGCCAGGCCAGAUUUAACAACAGGCCAGGCUCGAUACUCAUUAAAAAGCCUAUACCAGGCUACAGGCCAGGCUAA